CUGGAUCUUUGUGCUGAGAUUCUAGUGAUGCUCCUGGUUAAAUGUUGGUCUUGGAUAGUUACAUGAUGCCGUCUACAUUUUCCUCUGCGGCUGGAAUUUCAGAAUGCUCUACCUCACCAUUCGAAUUGAUUUUCUGGAACCGGUCCUUAGAUGUCCUUGCAAAUACAACGGGCAUGCAGGAGCUGGAGGCAAUUCAUCACCGGCGCGCACAGCAUGUUCAGUUUUCUCCAUCAACUUCAGUGUUCCUAGCAGUUCUCAUGACAGUUAUGGUCUUCGCCACUGUACUGGGGAACGCACUUGUUAUUCUAGCUUUUGUGGUGGAGAAAAGUUUGCGUACACAUGGCAACUUUUUCUUUCUGAAUUUAGCCAUUGCGGAUUUAUUAGUUGGAGGAUUUUGUAUUCCAGUGUACAUUCCUUAUGUGUUGACGGGCGAGUGGAGACUCGGAAGAUGGCUUUGCAAACUCUGGCUUGUAGUGGAUUAUAUGGUUUGCACAGCGUCUGUGUUCAAUAUAGUCCUUAUCAGCUUUGACAGAUUUCUGUCCGUCACCAAAGCGGUGAGCUACAGGUGUCAGAAAGGGGUGACCUCCGCAGCAGUGCUGAAGAUGGUGAGCGUGUGGCUGGCUGCCUUCCUGCUUUACGGACCGGCUAUCAUCAGCUGGGAGCAUAUUGCCGGUGGGAGUGUGGUGCCCACUGGGGAGUGUUAUGCGGAGUUCUACUUCAACUGGUACUUUCUUAUGACUGCCUCCACGGUGGAGUUUUUCACGCCGUUCAUAAGUGUCACCUACUUCAACCUCAGCAUCUACAUUAACAUCAGGAAGCGGACCGUGGUCAGAGAGCAACAGCCACCCAACAUGGAAUUUAGGAACUGCGAGAUGGAAACACUUGGAGCACGUGGAAUGAACCGCGUGUUCUUCGUCAGACCAGUUCAGACGCACACCUGCAGCAUCAAUGGCAAAGGCGCGCGCUCUCGGUGUUGUCGUUUGUCAAGCGCAAAGGUCUCCGCUGCAAUAAUUGGUGAUGCGGGCAAGGGAGGGAGACGAGACAGCGCAACUCUUGACCUCCCUCCCUUGCAAGUUGAAGAUUUGGCUCAUCAGUGUGGUCCAUCACGAUUUCUCAACACCGAUCAGUCGUUUGAACCCUUGCGCACCCGUUCUGACGCAUCCGCCAAUCUGGCAAGCCGAUUCCGCCUCUCUAGGGAUAAGAAAGUGGCCAAGUCUUUGGCUGUUAUUGUUUGCGUUUUUGGGCUAUGCUGGGCUCCCUACACAUUACUCAUGAUAAUUCGGGCGGCGUGCCAGGGCCAAUGCGUUCAGCACUACAUGUACGAAAUCUCGUUCUGGUUAUUAUGGAUCAACUCCUCCAUCAACCCUGUUCUUUAUCCCCUGUGUCACAGUAGCUUUAAAAGGGCCUUCAGCAAACUCCUCUGUCCCAAUAAGAUCAAUAAUAUCCAGCCACAAUAUGUGGAACAGAAUUACUAGGGGAUUAAGUGAACUGAGUAUUUUGGAUAGAAAACCAGCCAACAAAGUUACCCAUGUACUGGGAAACAGUAUCAAAUUUGUAGUAGAUGGUUUUGGUAAAACAUUUUGGAGCUUCAAUCCUUUGGUAAUUUGUUCAUCGUAGCAUUAAUUUGACAAGAAUUGAAUUGUGCCCAUUGUGCUUUAAGAACACUUUGAUGUUUUGGUUAUUGCCUGCUAUUUUAAUGUUGUAUAUCUGUAUAAGGUAUUCAUGUAUAUUUUGUAACAAUAAUUGCAGUUCCCAUGGAAAAGUGAAAAGGGUCGCUGUACAUAGUGCUGAUGCUCACUUCCCAUGUUGGUUUUUACACUUUAACUACAGAUAAACAUCAUGUACAUAUAACAGUGUGAUCGCUGGAACAGGUGUAGGGAUACACGAUGUCAUCGGUACAUUAGUGUCGGAAGAUAAUAGGUUAAUAAUUGUAUUACCGGCAGAUAUUUGCUGAUAUUUCUGGCAGAUUAAUCAAUUUUCGGUAGAGUAAGCCUGUAGGUAGUAGGCCUACUGCUAAACUAAAAUUCACUGACAAUAUGUUUCAUGCACAAUGGGAAUAGUAUUUUUUAAAAGGUGUCAAAUGUUGUUUUGACGUUAAUUGACUAAACUGACAUAUGGUCCACUACUUAAUGUAGCCCAUGUGUGGGAACUCCACUUUGAAUCAUGGUCCGCAACCAAAAGCCUUCGGUUGAUUACUGAUAAAGACUGUAUUUGGUACAUUCAUUACGCAUCUGUAUUGAACCUAACGUCCUGUACCGUUCAGUACGAAAAGCCUACGUGUACUUUUACACCCCUAGUUCUAGGAUAAAAAAAUAGUACACGAGAGCACCAACAAAACAAAAAAGUACAAACAAAAAAGAUGUGCAUAUCGGUUUCGGCCAAAAUAAGUUUGAAAAAAGAUAGGAAGAAAUCCAAUAUCGUGUCAUCUUAUAGAUGCUUAUCUUUGCUAUUAAUUCUCCAUCAAAAAAGUAACCAGUCGUGCA